GCUGAGAUGGUUUUCCGAAAUCACAUCAACUCACUUCAGAAAGAGCAACGAUUCCUCGAAUAUCGACACCAAUUCAAGUCUCUCCUGCAGGAGACGGGAUACGUAACGCCCGGCAAGACCCUGUCGGAAGUGCAAGUCCUUUUCAUGGGCAGGGAAUGUUUUGAGGCUCUCUCCGAGGCCGACUGCCAUCAUAUUUAUGAUCUCCAUCAGAGGGAUAUCACAGAGAAGGCUCGCAAAAACUUCCAGGAAUUGUUACUGGAACACGCCCAUCUGUUUUAUCAGUUCAAGAGCAUUGCGCCGUCGGGUACGGUGACGCAAGAUGAUAUACGGGAAAUCACUGAAGAAUUGCAAGAAGAUUCGCGUUACAAAUCGCUCGACCGGCUGGACAACGAACGAAGGUUAUUGUUGCUCCAGCAUCUCGGUUUCGUCCAUUGCCCUAUUCGUGAGCAUUGCCCGGCCCAUCCUAAUUGCAUGGACGCUGUCAUCGAGCGGCUCAUAUCGGUCAAAGCUCAUCGACCGUCGUCGUGGAACCGGAAUAGUCAGUGGUUGCUGGGAAGUGGCGGCAGUGACAACAGUCAACUCAGUCUGAUUUUGCUGGGCGUUGGAGAUUUGGCGCACGAACUGGCUGGUGAAAUUCGUGCAUUGUGUGACGAGGACGAGUACGAAAUGGACAACCAAGUGUACAGCCUGGAUUAUAGGAUCAUCGACGGAGACGUCAGUUUGCCGCAGAACUCGUUCCGGACGGUCCGAGUUCACUCCGCAGGGCUGUUUUUGCGUGUUCUCCAACGCUGAAUCUUUCGAAUACAUCCGCGACAGCUUGGAGAAAACGCUGUUGUCCAACCUGGAACAGGAAGACAGGUUGCCUUUCCAAGGAUUGCCCAUCGUCAUCGUCAUGGCGGCCGAAACGUCGCUAAGCGAAACUGACUAUGAACAUCUCAAAGGCGAAGGAUUAAACCUAGCCGACAAUCUCCAAUGUCCGUUCAUCGAAGUCUCACAGUCGUCGUCAACCUCAUCCAUGGAUGGCGGCAAAGUAGGGGGAGGCGUUUCAAUGGAAGAGGCCGAGCGAAACGGGGAAUCACCGGCGGAAGUUCAAACUCAGGGCGAGCGCUUCAAUCCGCACUUAGUCAGCAGCGCCUUGCGGGCCUUAGUCACGAGUAUUCAGCAGCGAGCCGGCUUCCUGAACGUGUGCCAAUCAUCCUUGUCGUCCGGAAUAAUGGACGGCCCCUGUCAGCCUGACAUCCGCAUCAUCCUUUCGAUGCUUUGUGCCGAUCCGUUCUCGGUGGAGAGCGUCCUCGGCCCACUUUUGUCGCAUCAGUGUUGUUUUCUUAGUGGCGAGCGCAGUCUGACGUUGGAGACGUUUCUGGGCGAUUCCAAACGUCGAGUCGAAGUGGUCGUGACUUCGUACCAUUCGGCCGACACCUUUAGGGAUGAUCUUGUUCAUGGCUUCGUCUUGGUGUACUCGACCAAACGAAAGGCUUCAUUAGCCACUUUGGUUGCCUUUUCUCAAAACAUUCCUAAUUUGCCCAUCCAGAUCCUGGCUGUGACGGAGAGUGGCGGCGCAGCAAAUGCCUUCUUCAGUUCUGAACUUAGUCAUCAGCUCAUCACGGCCGGUAAUGCGGCAGCUGACCGUCUCCAGGCUCAUUUCAUGACGCUGAGUGCAUCGGCCAAUCCCAAGUCAGCGACCUACACGCCCUUCUUCAAAGAGGUUUGGGACAAGAAGAUGGAGAUUGAACAGGCCUUCCAAUUGGAAGACGUUUCGGGUUUGAACGACUCCGGCGAAGGGACGCUGGAACGGCCGUUGAGAAGGACGCAGCCUAUGCCACCUCCGCGUCACAAUGCCGGACCUGUUUACGGUCGUUGCGGUGUUGGUAUUUACGGCCAGCGGUCUAGCAGAGCCGGUUCAAAUGAAGGCAGUGGCUCCGAGAUUUACGAGCGAUUACCAACUGACGGUUCGCUGGGCGAAGACGGUGAAGACGCAGUUUCGCCCACCUACCCCGACGAUCGAAGGCUAACGCCAAGCGACGACAGCGAUCUCUAUUCUACUCUUGACCGGCCCAUGCAACGUAACAAGAAAGAAAAUGGUGUCGGCGAGAGUCUAGUCAAGCCAAGUCAUCUCAAGAGUCGCCAAAAGACCAAACAAGGCGGUGGUUUCCAAGUUUUUCCACCGCCCAGUACACCACCAGAACCGGCACCACCUGAUCGAGGCCCGGCCGUUUCCAACCCGCCUUCGCAUUCGUCUUCGCAAGCGCCACAUCCACCGCGCUGGCAGCUGCUUCACGGUGCCACGGUUUCGUCAUCUCUGCCCACCGCUUCCUCACACACGAGCCUCGACGAGGCGGCAUCGGACGCUUCAUGCUCAAGGGACUCAAUCUCGACGUCUCAGACAGGAUGGAUGGACGAUUCCGUUUUCCUCCGUACACGGAACGAAUUGGAAGAUGAAGCUUGGGGUCAGAGCAUAAGCGGCGGCGUACCUGGUGCAGAUUCUUAUUCUCAUCGAGCUUUCACGACUGGUCGAAGGAAAGGGCUCCCGCAGCAGCAAGUGCAACUACCUGGCCAUCUUCCACACACGAGUAGAAAGCAACAACAGCAGGUGUAUCAACAUCCUGGCAAAUUGAACCCUAAGGAUUUCGCCAAUGUGGCUGACGCUAUCGCCAGGAUGAAAUUGGUGUCGAGCGGCAAGGAAUGCCCGACUGUUCCACCGCCACCUCCGCCUCGGCUGGCCAAGAGUAAAGAUAGUCACGGUCAUCGCCAUUUCGGCUCUUAUGACGGUGAUUACAGCUACACGUCCGCUCAGGAUGCGUUAGCCAGUGGAGCGCAGACCAACACCUCUAAAUCUCGCAGCCGCUAUCGCCGCGAAAAGGAGCGACCAGCCGUUUACUCGGACUCGGAUAGCAGCGACAGUUCGCUGGAUCGUCGGCCGAAUAUCUCUGGAGCCGGGCUGGGUGAUGGAAGUUCGCGGCCGCCACGCAAAUCAUCGACGCACAAAAGGCCACGUCGGAAGCGAGCUGCUAUUCCUGUGGCCACUCCUCGCGUCCCAGCUUUGCCUUCCGCCAAUAGCCAUUCAACGACUUCUAACUUGCUUCCUUCCGGCAUGCCUCUUCCGCUCUCGGCACGUUCCAGAGGUCAAACUUCUGGUGACACCACUGCUGCUGCUGCUGCUGCUGCCGCCGCCGCCGAUAAAGGAAUCGGACCACGGGAUCCCAUCUACUCCGCUUUACCCGACGAUGAUCCCGGCAUGGAUGUGGCAUCGCCCCGAGAACGUGAUUUGGGAUCUCCUUUGGUUGGUUUCAUGUCGCGGCAAAGAAAUUCAGAAGGUUCCGGCGGCGUCGGAUUGGUCACGGAGCAGGAUCGAGCAGAAAGGGACCCAUCGACACAACGACGAAAGGAUAAGGCCAAAGCGAAGGAUGACGAGAAGCAAGAGAAGAGGCGGUUGAAGGAAGAAGAGCGUCAGCGACGAGAGCGAGAAAAGGAAAAGGAACGCGAACGUAAACGCAAUCUCAAAAUGACGAAGGAAGGAAAGAAGGAGAAAGCGGCGCCCACGUUAGAGGACGUUGUUCUCGCCGAAGGCCGGGCCAUUCCGCUCUUCCUGGAAACCUGCGUCAAAUUUAUCGAAGCCGAAGGUCUCGACUCUGAGGGCAUUUACCGGGUGCCGGGCAAUCGGGCCCACGUAGACAUGCUAUUCCAAAAACUAGAAGAAGAUCCUAAUUAUGAUAUACACGAACUGGACAUCGCGGUCAAUGCCGUGGCUACAGCCUUGAAAGACUUCUUCAAACGGUUCCCUUCCAUAUUAACGCAAGAACAAAUGAGCGAAAUGGAAGAAAUUUCUAUGACCCCAGAUCGAAGUUGCCGAUUGUUGGCCUUGCGGGAUCUCCUGACGAAAAAACUGACGCCGGUCAGUUUCAACGUGCUCAAGUUCAUUUUCCAGCAUUUCGUCAAGGUGACGGAGAACUGCAAAGCCAACAGUAUGGAUUCGAAGAAUUUGGCUAUUUGCUGGUGGCCGACUUUGUUACCGUUCGAAUUCACCGAUAUGAUCCGCUUCGAAAUGAUGAGACCUCAUCUGGAGGACACGGUCCAGGCUAUGAUCGAUCAGUUCCCUUUCCUCUUCUUAGGCAAAGAUGAAAUUGUCAUGGUGUAAUGAUUUGGCCAAGUGUAACGGCGCCCUCCUCAUCCUUGGGCAUUUAAUUGUACCGUGCGUGUCUCUUUUUCCAAGUUGGUCGGCGACAUUUGCGUUUCGCUAGCUUUGAAAAAGGGAAAAAAAUUGGAAUGAAACAGAUCACCAAAACUAAGAAUCUGUUAGAUCUUCAGUCGCAGAAACAAUAAUAAUAGUCGCCCCGUCUAAUUCUUAAACUGCUUCAGCAAUUCUCGCAUUAUCCAAAAGUGUCCGUUUGGUACGUCGUUGUGUCUCGUCCUCGCUUGUCCGUAAUUUUUUUGUUUUGUUUUGUUUUCUUCGUGUACAUAGCCUGAAUUCACGAUCGUUUGUGUUUUCGAUUCCGUGGAUGGUACUGAGCAAUAGGAGCGUGAAGCAGCCCGAUGCUUAGCUGCUUAUGGAAAGGGUCUACUCGAAAACUGAAAGACAAAUCACCGCUUCAUUCAAAUCGUGUUGUCGUGUUUGCUUAAUUGAUUAUCAUUUCUUGAUACCCUCGUGUCAUUUUGUGCAACCUUGUUUCACUUUCGGUUUGUUGAUCUAACAACACGAGUUUCGUUAGCUCGUCGAAUUUUGAUUUCUCUUCCCCUUGUGCAGUUUAACACUGUUGAUGCUUUAGACGAAAGAAGAAAAACACGCGAUAACACAAUGAACAGCUGUUGUGACUUUGUCGUCAAGAGUCGUUGAUAAGCUUGUUCUGCUGGAAGUCGGAACUUGUUUGGCGGUUCAGGGAGUUUCUCGAGUCAACAUGAUGUAGAUAUAUAAUAAAAACUUAAAUCGAGGCUUAACAAAGCAAUCUGAAAUUGUCUCCCACGCUCUCUGGAUGUCUUCAAUAUUUGGCUUUCUUUUCUCCCCGAGCACGAUUCGAGCUGAUUGUGUGCCAUCUCUCGACAGCUGUAAAAUGUCCUUGUUUACAGUUGUUUCUUUUUGUUGAAAUUUCCCAAAUUUUCGAUCAUUAAUAACCCUCAUUUACGAUGCUUCGAUCUAGGAGCUCGACAUUGCUGCUGCAGAUUGGGAUGCCAACACUCAUUACUCUUCAGCGAGUCUCACGUUCUUUCUUGUUGGUAACAGCUCCUACCAAUGAUUAUCAUGUUUAUCGCAAAAAGAACAAGUCCAGAAAAUACAAAAGUGAAAUAUCGAA